GCUGGAAGUGCUUUGCUUUGCGGUGUACGAGCGCGCGCAUUUACUUUCAGUCUUCGACGAUCGGUUAUCAUGUGAGGAAGAGCUCACCGAAAUAGGGCGCGCGCGUUUGAUCCCGAACUCUCGUGGUGUGUUGUCUCCUGUGUGCCAUCGGAAAGUGUUUGCACGAGCAGGGUUUACUUAGUGGGCAAGAUAUAAAGGGAAUAUAUAAAUCACUCUUUGAAUUUUUAGUGCCAUAACAUAGUUUUUGAGGUUUGGGUUUGUGGGUUGCGGUUUUCCCUAUCCUUUUACCCCAAAACGUGAUCGAUUCCAAUGAGUUCAGACUUGCCCCGGAUCUAGUAAGAUAGAAAGCUGCAACCAUGGUCGUUUACACGUACGGGAUGUCGAUUUUUGCGACCAUCAGUGCCGGAUUGGUCUUCGUUUUUGGAAUCAUAGGCAAUCUCCUCACAGUUAUCGCUCUCCUCAAAUAUCACAAGCUGCGCAAACAUCCGACCACGGCAUUUGUCCUGUCGCUCAGCAUAUCAGAUCUCUUCUUCUGUGCCGUCAAUAUGCCACUGACGGCCAUCAGGUUCCUUAACCAGCAAUGGACGCUCGGCGAAGGCCUCUGCAAGGUGUUCCCGGUGUUCUUCUACGGCAAUGUGGCCGUAUCCGUGCUAAGCAUGGUCGGCCUCACCAUCAACCGGUACACGUUGAUCCUUCACCCUAGUCGGUAUACCAAAAUAUACACCCCGAUCAGCUUGUUUCUGCAGCUGCUGUUGAUUUGGUCGUUCUCGUUUGGAAUAAUGCUCCUACCGUUGUUUGAAGUUUGGGGCCGUCUUGGACUUGACGAGGAAACAUUUUCCUGCACAAUUCUCAAGAAGAACGACAGCUCCCCGAAGAAGUUCAUAUUCCUGUUCGGCUUCCUGGUACCCUGCGUGGUCAUCUCCAUCUCAUAUUCCUGCAUUUUCUACGCAGUGCACAAGCAGCGAGCCAAACUGAAGGCACACAAUUCCAACUCGUCCGGUCGGAUAGAAUCCUCGUUCCGGAACAAGGAGGACUGCCGGCUGACGAUGACGCUCCUGACGAUCUAUCUGGCGUUCCUGGUCUGCUUCCUGCCGCUGAUGCUGGCGAACGUGAUCGAUGACGAUGGGUCGUACGCGAACUAUCACGUGUUUGCCUCGGUGCUGGCGUGGAUGUCGGCCGUGAUCAAUCCGUUCAUCUACGCGAUCGGCAGCCAGAAUUAUAGGCACGCUUACACCAAACUGCUGUCGGAGCUUUGCUUCUGGAAAACCAACGUCGAGCUGCGAUCGUUCGACGAAAUCAACAAAUCCCGAACCGUGGACCAUUUAUAGCGCCUAGCGAUAGUAAUUUAUGCAGCGAAAAAAAGACUUAGUUUUAGGUUAAAAACAACACUACACCACCCCAAAAACAACAACGCCAAAGUAAAAAAAACGAGAGAAGUUAA